AUGGACGAUGGGACUUCAAAAUGUCUUUUGGAUGUAAUAAGGUCAGAAAAUUAUUAGAAACUGUUUUUGGUAGGCUGCUGCAGAGAAUGAGCUGACAAAGUAUUAUGUUUUCUUCUCUGUUAGCUUAAAUGUAGUCAUUAAAGGCUCCAAAAAUAAAGAAAGUGAAAUGGUUUUAAUUAAGGGAAACCUAUUUGAAUUGAUAUCGUAUUUACUUUUCUACACAGUGACCCGAAUGCAUUGCAGGAAUUUCUCCGCAGUAAUAGUCAGGUGCGUAUUUGUCUUCGAUUAUUUUUCAAUUUCCGACAUGUGUACAUCACAAGAUAUGACUGAUCAAACUACCUCUCUGAGAAGAUGUCCUCUUUCGAGGUUGUAGGUUAUCAAAUUGCACUGUGCACAUGGAUUUAACCAUACCACUCUGCUUCACAUCUUAGCAUGUUAAUAUACUUUCUUUGUCACAAAAGUAUAAAUGUAUAAAGGCUUUUGGUGAGCAGUGAGGACCACAGGCUCUUAGGGUAUUGAAUCCCAAAUAAUCGACAAACAGCAGCAACAUUACUAGCUGAUGACCUACAUGCCUCUUUUAAGAAACAGAUAGUUAAUAUAUAUAUAUUCAGUAAAUUUUACUGAAGUUUAGUUUUCAGGAUUUAGGGUCUGUAUACUGUGAGAUGAGCCAGCCUGGUUAGCAGCUAUGCCUUGUUUCCUUAUAAAAUUAUUGUUGCGUUUAUAUAAGAAGGCAGGCAGAUCUUGCUUUGAGCAACUAUAAUCUCGGCAAGCAGGCCAGCUACCUUAUGUAAACAGGCCCUAGUUGAAAACUGCCUCAACAUGAUAUCACAGAGCACAGCAAAAAUGAUCUCUGAUUUCAUGGAGUUUGUGACAUGACCCGUCGAGGGACCUGUUAGGCUUGAUUUUGGGUGCUCUCUCACUCCUCCCCGAGAAGAGAAGGCUGGACUCAUGAGUGGCCUAUCAUCUCUGUGAUGUAAAUUCAAAAUUUAACUUAUGCAUCAUUAUCAGGGUUUGCAAAUUUUAUUGAUGAGUGGAGUCAGUGUGACUUCUGCUUCACAAAUUUUGGAGUCAUUUUGGAAUAUUUGGAGUCAAGUAUCACAAUGAAAAAAGCCAUUUUCAGACUUGGCAUGUAUACACUAUCGUGAGGGAUACACGAAGUAGCCGUGGCGGUCCGCUGACCUGGAAAGCUCAAAUCCAUGAUGGCGGUCAUCGAGUUAACCUUGAUCGUAAUUUACCCUCUUCCUGUUUUGUCGUGCAGUAUAAUUCUUUAAUUUCGAUGAUUUAAUUAAGGUUUACAACGUUUACAAUUACCGUGAAUUGUAUUUGUUGUGAAAAAGGUAAGGACAAAACUGUGCUUGUUACCGAAAAUUUCUGGAGUCGAAGUGACUCCCUCCGUAACCUCCGUGAAGUCAUCUGAACAAUUUUGGCGUAAAAUACGCCAAAUUUGGCGUAUUUGCGAACCCUGAUUAUGAAACACCUGAAACAGAAAAUGUCAUCAGACACUGAACACCUGUUUUCGUUUUCGCCUCUUUAUCGCCUUGGUCUUCACCAUUAAGCUCACCAGCAACACCUACUGAUUUAAGGUAUUGCCAUUGAGUUAAGUUAGGGGUGAAAUAAAACUGUUUGAGUGAAAUUACAGCAGAAAUGGAUGUGAAAGUCGUCUCUAUCACAAUGGCUGUCAAUGACCAUCGGUGCAGACUGAAAAAUAAUAAUUGACAAUCCAGAUCUGGCUGGCUGAAUUGCAAAAACAUUCUGACCAUUUUAUAACCAGCGUUUCUGUACAGUCUCUAGUUAGCACUCUAUGUUGUUAAUAUUUUAGUUUUUUAAAGCUCAAAACACACCAAAACUCCACUGCAUGCCACAUUAAAGAAUGCCUUCAUGUUGGCCAUUUGAAAUCUGUUCCAGGACAGAAAAUUCAUGCGGCCUGCUUGAUUUGAGCAGGCAGUAGUCUGAUUAAUGGAAGUUAACUAUAGCAAACCGACCUGUCGAGCCGUGUAUUCGAGGAAAGAGCGCAGGCUCAUUUUCCGAACAGCGGCUGGUAUUUAAACCUAGGGUUUUGUCUUGCACAAACAAGAUUAUCACAGUUAUAAGAAGAUGAAGAAGAUUAAAGAGAUCAUAUACGUGCCAACUCUUUUGCAUCUAAUACAAGAAGUUUCGUCUUGUCAUUCCCGGGAUUUCCAAAAAUGUCUCAGCGAAACUUCCAUUGCUGAUUUAAAGGUUGCUGAAAAUGUCUGAAGAUGUCCUAACCACCUUUGAGUAUGUCAGAAGCUAUUUAAAAGCAACUAUUGUGGUGUGUUGUCGUAGAGUUAGGACACAAAGUCAACAUUAAGUGCAUUUUUGGAAUAUUUUUGGGAAAUUGAAUUGAAUUUUCAUUAUUAUUCCUGAGUUAAAGAAAAAUUGCCUGGAGUUGUGAGUGAGUCAGGCGUGAAAAAUUAUUCUUGAUGUAUGAGGUCAAUGCCUUGAGUCCACAGGCAUGAGACCCACUCAAAAUGCAUAAGAGUUGGUAGGUAUAAGAUCUUGGUGUAUAGAAGUGAGCAUAGGGAUUGAUGAUUUAUUCCAUUUUUAUCCUGAACAAUCUGGUUUCUACUAGAUUUUUGGUAGACCCUGUAGUCAGAUAUGCUCUGAUUCUGUUGAGCUUAUGACGAUGGUUAUGACUUUGAUUUUGUCUUUUGGUCAUAAGCACUUUACAGCUCUGCUUAUUUACCUGCCAACUCUCAAGCAUUGUAUGCUUUAUGGUUUCCUAGUAGUUUACUACUUAUUACAACUGUUUAAGUUUGACGGCAAGAUUUGACUAUGAGUUUUUAUAGCCAUUGAAGCAAUUUUGCUUUAAAAGGCACAAAAGUUUGCUUACAAUUUUUACAACUUAAAGUCAUUAAAACACCACCCUAAAGAAUUGAUUUCACUGGUGGUAGAGUCUGAGUCAUAAGAGUCAAAUCCUUGAGAUUUUUUCUUAUCAUGACCUGGAUUUCAAAAAAUGUCCCAGCAACUUUUGAAGAUUUCUGACUAUUUUCCAAAGACUUUUGAAUGUAAUUGAAAAUGUCUGAAGAUGGUCUAGUGAGCUAUUUAAAAGGCCGCAAUUUUAGCGUGUUGUGAUAAAUUUGGAACUCAAAGUCAAUAUUUAGCACUAUUUUGGAAUAUUUUAGGGGAAAUUAAAUUAAUUUUUUAUAAUUAAUGAUUUGUUAAGAACCAUUUCAUCUGGAAUUAUGAGUCAGGUGUGAGAGAUUGUUGGUGAUGUGUGAGAUUGAUGUCCUUGGUCCGCAGGCUUGAGACUCAUUGAUUUUGUUAAUAAAGAUAUGACUUUUUGCCCUUCUUCAUUCAUUUGAAACACACAUCCAGUUAUAAAUGUCUGAAAUUAUAUAAUCAGAAGGAGUCGUACAGGGGAUUUGUAGUAGAUAUAAUUUUUGUGUGCUGCUCCUGCUCUUUAUUCUUUAAUGGUUUUAGCUGCAAAUCCUGUAUUUCUAAUUCCUUUACAGUGAAAAUUGUAUUAUACAGACCUCACGUUAAGCUGACACCCUUUAUCCAGCAAACAUGAGCUCAGGAAGUCUGACAUUUUUUCUUGCCUUAUUGUUUGAAUAAAAAAGCCUCUGUUCAACACCACCUCUUUUGAGUGCAAAAUAGGAAGGGUCCUUUGGGUUUCCCUCUUUUGCCAAACUCAGAAACUGGUCGUACUUGAAAUAUGUCAGGAAUGUUUAUUGUGUUGAGACCAAUCUUAACAAUGAUUAGGCCAUGCAAAGAAGCCACUAAACUGCAAACUAAUUUCUGUUGUUUCCUGUUGUUUAGUCGUCUCACAUGUAAUUGGCUACUUCCUUACAACACCAUAGCAUUCCAGAAAUAUUUUUGGUGUUCCUGGCAUUUCAAAAUUCAUAAUUAAAAUAAUAAAGAAUUCAGUGUAUUACUUUUUGUGACUUUUGAUUGCAUCUUCUAAGAGUGUCUUUUUGAAUUCUAAUCUUUGUUAUUCUUUUAUUGAUAGGAUAAUGGAUCACACUCAAAGAAUUCUUCAUCAGAUGCUGUUUCAAUGCCAGGUUUUGGAAAUCACUUGUUAAACACAAGUAGCAUUGUGGGUGCAUUGCCUGCAAAUGCAAGAACGUUUCCUGUAGGUUCCUCAGCAUCAGUGAAUAACAUUCAGCCAUCAGCUGCUGCUCAAAAUACAUUUGUGAAUGCUGUAGUUCACAAUAAUAGUGUUGGUGUUGUUCCUUCGUCUGUUCCUUUGUCUAGUGGAGGAAAUUUUUUGAAACCUCAUUCUGUAGAAAAUACAGGAACCAAAGUUGGGAGUGCUGUGCUGUCUGUUGCACCUGGCAGUAUAGCAGUUUCGAAGCCUGUGGUUUCUUCUACUGCAGCUCUAUUUCAAGGGAAGAAACCCAUUCCCAUUCAGCCUAAAACUCCAAAUGCGUCUUCAGCUGUAACAGGAUCAACUAUUGGGUCACCAGGAAACCGUGGAAGACAGGUUUUAAAUUCCGGAGUUCCACUUGUGGCGCAAAAACAGUCUGUUACCGGACAACAGAGUGUUUCUCCUCUUGGGCAGCAUGUGGCAUUAAAUGGAAUUGAUUCUAAAGGAAAUAUGAAAACUAAUGCUGUUGGUGGAAAUUUCCAUAGCAUAAAAUCAUUGUCUCCAAAUACCUCACAACAAAUUCUUUCAUCAACCACUCCUGUUAAAAGGAUUGCUCCGAAACAGCCAAACAUUUUGCCUCAACAAACUGGUUUGUCUCCUUCGCAUAUGGUUGGUACAAAGCAGAAGAUAGUUCUCCAACAAGUGUCAAAUCAGAAUACCCCACAAGUACAAGCAAUAAUCAACCAAGUGCCCCCAGGAACUGUCCAAAAACAAAACCACUCACAGCUAAUUCAAGCACAACAGCUUUUAAAUUUAAUUAGAGGCCAGACUCCAACCACUCAUGCUACUCAGCUUAUUCAGUCGCAGUCUUUGCCAGCCAAUCAAAUUAAGCAAAUUCAGCAGUUAGUUCAGCAGAAACUUUCUAACCAGCAACAACAACCACAGAUUGCACAAACUGUUCAGCAAAAGGUGUUGACUCCGGCACAACUUCAGGCUGCUCUAAAACAAAACCAAGUAGUAACUACACAAACUGUACAAGCCUCUCAACCACAGAAUAUUGUAGUCCAGGAGGAAGUUAUUAAACAGCUGCUUCAGCAAGUGUCACAACAAAAAUCUGCACAGAAUCUUGUCCAACAGCAACCUCAAUUGUUUCAGCACGUUCAGCAGUCUGGUCAAAAACAGAUUUUGGUUCAGAAUGUUCCAACACAAUCUACUGCCCAAGGACAGCAAAACACACAGUUAAAAGUUAAUGUCAGCCCACAAGUAAGGCAUUCGAAUCUGCAGCAGAGGACAGAAGUAACUGCUGCAUCACCUGUUAAUAUACAGUUACAGCAAGUAUUGAAUACUCAGCAGAAGCAAGUAGGGCAAGUUCUUGGACAGCAGCAGGGUAACUUGUUAACCCAUCAAAACCUUGUGAUUACAAAGGACCAGGGUGGGCGUCUGCUCCAAGGAGUGACGUUUGUACAAAAUCAGCCUAACAAAGUUUCUACAGCACAAGUGUUAAAUCACGGGGUUGUUAUCCAGCAAGCCAAGCCUGUACUUCAACAGGCCAAACCUGGUGUGACUCCCAUGGUCCAAAUAGCAGCUACAACACAACCCAACACUGUUUCCCAAACAAAGGCACAGCCAGCACAUAAUACAGGAGUUCAGAAGGUGUUUAUUAUAAAACAGCCGGAGCUUUUGCAGAAGUUGGGAUUGCAGGGAACAAAGUCACACCAAACUAUUCAAAUUACUCCUCAACAACUCCAGGCAUUGAAACAGUUUCAAUUACAACAGCAAGCUGCAAAGCAGAAACUUGCCUCAAACAAUCUUCAAACAGGUAGCAAUAUUCAGCCAAAAGGACUGACACCUGAACAGUUGAAACAACUGCAAUUGCAACAGCAGCUUCAAGGAUCAGCGGUGAAACAAGUAGUUGUGCAAAAUCAGCAACAUUCUUUACAAUCACAAAGACAAGCUAGCUUGAAGACACAGGGUAAAAUGCAACAUAUUCCUAGAAUUCUUCAAACAUCAGGUCGACAACCUGUCUCACAGGUAACAGUGUUUACACCAUGACCGUUUUUGUAAUUAGGCCCUUUUUCAGAUGCCUAACUUUUCGUGAGCUUAACCUCAUAUGUUUUGUUAAGUACAUGAAAAGUUCAUCGUCUUAAUCAAUGUGUAGUUCCAGAAAAUAUCCAGACCCCCACCAUGGAGGGAAUUUCACUUAGGACCCCCCCACCUCCCUGGAUUUUCCAUUUUUGCAGGGAACUGAUGACCCCCCCACCCCUUCGGAAUUUCCACAAGUGUGACAAAGACUCCCCAACCCCUCUGGAAAAGUUCAUUUUCACGCAGAAAGACUAUUAACUUAAUCAGGGCAAGCUUACGAUUUGUUAUUCGUCUCAUGGGCGUAAUGUUGAUAGAAUUAACGCCAUUUCGUGCGGGAAUGCAGAACAAGUCAAACUUACGACCACAAAAUUAAUGCAAAACAAAGAGGAGAAUAAAAGCUCUGAAUUCUGAAAUGAUAACAAUGAAUACCCCCUGCAUCUUGAAGGUACUUGAAGGGAAAUCAAGUUCAAUUUACUGUAUUUCGAUCGACUGAUGCGACGUGAUGCGCGAUGGCCGUAUAAAUGUUUGGUGAAAUCGACACCAUUUCAGCGAGAAUUCGAUCAUGAACAUGCGACACGUUCAACCACAAAAUUAAGGGAAAAUGAAAAGGAGAAUAAAAACUCAACAUUCUUAAAUCGUUACAAUGCAUAGCUUGUGCUUUGUGAAGCAAAAUUGCCACUCUUCUGAUCUAUCAAUUGACUGACGCAACGUGAUGUGUUGCGUGAUGUGUUGCACGCUUUGAUGUUUUGAGGAAGACUGGUAACGAGUAAUGGCGGCCGAAUAUACGAGCAUGCGAUAAAACGAGUUGUAGUCGGUCUAAUUCCUUUGAAAUUACAUCCAAAACGCUUUUGGAAGAAAGUAAACCUGGUUAAGAUCAAAAGGAACAAUCUUAAGUCAUAUAUUUCAAGUUAUUUAUGUCCUAAAAAUGAUCUACCAGGUCGGUAAGAAGCAAUGUUUGAACUCGGGUCGAAAACGAAAUGAUAUUGCCCCCCAGGAAAGUGAUUUUAUGGUCCAACCCCCCUCCUUUCGGGAAUUUCCUGGGCCUCUGACCCUCCCCACCCCCCUGGAAUUUCCAAUUCCCUCCGUGGUGGGGGUCUGGAUAUUUUCUGGAACUACACAAUGAGGAAUGCCUAUUUCAAUUUGGAAUGGCACAGUUGUACUCUGGCUGGGAAUUUCAACAUUGGAGCGAGUUUGGAACAGCUUUGAUUUACAUGCUGAACUUUUCAUGUGCUCAACCUUAUGCAUAAAUUAAGUAUUUUGCAAGCAGUUUAAUUCAGAGAGCAUUUCUCUCUUUUUGUAUUUAGUUUGGCUAGAAUUAAGAUCAUCAUCCGAAUCAAUUGAGCCAGUCAAAAUAAUUUUUGUUGGCCUUAAUUUGAAUUAGGUUUGCCUCAUGCAAAAUUAGGAGUCUGAAAUGGGCCUUAGACACACUAGAACUGUUUAUUACAAUGUAUAAUCAGUAGGCAGGGAACCAAGUGGUGAAUCUGCAAGAAGCUGUGGAGGGUAGAGGGAAAUUUAAAAUUCCGAUGCCAGUAAUGCCAUAUUCAUGUGUUUCAGAGGUAUAUUUUCAAUUUCACUUUUUCCAUGAUUACUGGUAUUUCCUUUUCAGUCUAGACUUCUGGUGCUCUUUUGGUCUGAUAUUACUUUGAAAGUAGCUGUGGGUAAUGCUGUUAGUAGUCGAGGGGUGAUCCCUGGUGCCUGGACCUUAGUGACGGCCCUGCACAAGCCCCUCUUCCACAUUAGCCCAGCUGGGAUUAAAAGCAAGAGUUGUAAUUAAUUUUGUAACGCUACAGCUCGCAAAGGCCUGCACACUUUCUUUACAUGGAUUCUUAAUUGAAAAAUGGGCCAGUUUUAUCUUUAUUGGAAACUACCUGGUCGUUGUCAGUUAUUUAUUUGCUUAUUGUUAAUUUCUUAGAGUGUGAAGGUUUCAGUUCCAAUCAAACAGGAGACAAGUAAAGGAGUGAAGCGUCCACACUCAUCAGAUGCUCCAGAACAACCAAAAGCUGCCACUAGGUUAGUUUCAUUUUGCUAUCUUUGGCAAAGAAGAAAAAGAAGAGAAAGUCAAAAAAGGAUGAUAUUCAAUAAGCAACAACAAGGGCUCUGCAUUUGUGUCACACUUUUUGGUACAUUUCUUUGUGGCCAUGGCAUAAGUACAAUUUGAAACUUCUAGAAUUUUUUCUUGUGAAAUUUUGUUGAGAAUUUGAAUAUGGGAUUCUUCUACAAGUGAUUAAAAGAGAAAUACAGGUAAUUCCUGGACAAUAUUGUAUUCCCAUUUUUAUCAGUUGCAGUUUUAUCACAUGCAACUAAACUUUCGUUGAUAUAACAAACUCACAGAAUUAAGAGUUACAUGAAUUUGAAAAGGUUGACAUUGAGUCAUCAUGACAUCAUUCAAUAUUACUAUCUGCUGUUGCACUGACAGUAAGGAACAAAAACUGGAUUAUGUGGUGAGUGUGAAAACUGAUACCCUAAAAAGUGCGUUGUGCCUAGGUCCAUUCAGGGCGAGAGAAAUUAAUUUCUUUCCUCUUUCACAAACUCAGCCAGCAAGAAAAACAUUCACUAUUGCGGUAUUUUAUGCUCAGUUGUUUUGCUAAAACCUCUGUUGGCGUAACUGCUAUAAAAUUUGAAAGAAAGCAAGGUUAUAAGUGAAGUUUAUGCUCUGUCACUGUUUUUUUUUUCCAGUAAGUUCCCUAUUGUUACUAGAGUCAUUAAUGACCUUUAGAUUUAACUACAAGUAUGACUGGAAUUUUUAGCUGAUUGUAACCCCAGAAUGAUAACUCUUUCCUGUUACUGAGUAGCACAUAAGUAAAUAUCUGAACAUUGAGGAAAGGAUUAGUGUGAUAUUUGAUAAUAUUUUAUGAGUUACUUGAAUUUUGAGGGUUUUUGUGGCUACUACUUGUAGUAGUAGUAGGUGCUAUGCUGGCACUUUGUAUGAGUGAGUGUAAAUAAUCCUAACCUUCGGAAAGUGCUUGGGCUUUUGACGACACUGCCAACACCGAUGCUUGUUGUUAUUGUCGACUUUCAUGGAGAGUGAACAGAAAAUGUCCUUCGAGACGCUUUUUUUUCCGUUUUGGGAAUGAACCAUAAAUGUCUUACGAGACACAAAUGAGUUCAACAUUGAUUCCCUAAUGGGAAUGGAAAAUUGUCUGCUGUGUUUCGAAAGUCAUAUCUUUCGCAGUCGGGAGUUAUCAUCAACGCGAAGGUGAGUGAUUGACAGCGAUGGUGUUGUGCGCCUUGUUGAAAUAUCAUUGGUUGUAAGAGUAGUUUUACUUGCCAUAUCCUUUUUGUGUUUUGCCUUCUGUCUUGUUGGGUGCAAUCCAAGGUGAGAUCUCUCUCUGUCUGAUAAUGAUUAUGUGCUAUUUGGCACCUGCAGCUAGGUACAGCUCUCAAUUUACAUUUCAAGUGUUUUUCCCCAAAGCAGUUUUUGGCUUCACUCAAGCUUUGCAGAGAUUUUUGCCGAACUGAAGGGGUUGUUGCCACAUUUGAUGGUUGAGUUAUCUGUACAGCAACUCAGAAACACCAACAGCUUCAUCAGUGCCAUGUGGUGGAUACUGUCUUUUGGCACCCAAAUAAUUACCUUACGGGAACAGAAAAUGUCCUUCUGGACACACUUUUUUCCCUUUUGGGAACGAAAAAUGUCUUUUGAGACACAAAGAACUAGCACAUUCACAUUGACUCACACAGGAUAACUUUCUUUAGCGAAAUUGUUAUUUAUUGUUGUGCUACACACUGUUAUGGCUCAAAAGGCAUUGUUUAGGAAUUGUCCAGUCCAUUGACCUUUUAAAUAUGAUGCAACUCGUGCAAUUUUGAGUAGAUUCAAAUAGGACACCUAUUCUUCGUUGUGGUUGUUUACAAUAUUAUCUUAAUGUUCAAAAGGCAUAAUUUCACAGAUCAGCUAGUCUCUUGAAUCUGCACCUCAUAUUCAUUCGGAGGCAGAUUCCAUUGCGAUACCUUUUGUUAAAAAAGCUUCAUUGUUUGCUGUUGUUUUAGACCUUUAUGAUUUAAAAUGAAUAUUCAGGAAUUUUUAUCCGUCAUUCGAUCUUAACUAUCAUUUACUUUAUGAUAUUUUCAAUGUCUGUUAUCCUGAGGGCUUGUACAUGUUAUUGGUCAGUUAAUAAAAGGAAUGCAGCCUGCCCAAUAUUCAUUCUACUUUGCAGUAGUAACCACAUGUAGUCAUCGACUGCCUAUUCUUAAACUUGUAUUUGUUCUCAAUCUUGUUUUUGCAGCUUAAUCUACAAGUAUGAGAUUAAGUACAUGUGCAAGUUUUCAAACCAACUUCACGUGCCUCAUGUUACUUCUUAUCUCUUCAGUCUUAUUCCUAACAUAAUUAUGCUGUAGUCAUCAACGGGGAAGUUUUAUGGGAUGUAGUAAGCUCAAAAUUCCAAAGUGGUACUCGUAGUACUUGAUUUCAGACUCAUAGUUAAACCAAAGGGUCAUUACUGUCAAUUCAAGUUGUCUGUUCUUUCAUUUGAAACCUAGAGCAUCUCUAUCAUUCUAAACAUCAAUUUUUACUUUUUAAGAUUAAAACAAGGACUUACACAAGACCAACAGGCUGUUCUCCGCCCUGAUUUCAAAACACCAUUCACUUCUCAUGAAGAUGUUGUUAAAAGGCUCACACCUUACCAUGUUUGCUAUGACCCAAGCCCAACUCCAGAAGACAUUCAAAAAGGUAAGUGCCUUACAUUCUCAUUCUCCUUACUGUCAUUUAGGAUGUUGGAAACAAGCCUUGAAUUCCAGCUUGUCACAUUUUGCUAGCCUAUGGUCAGAUGACUUCCCUGGCCCUUGCCCAUUGGGCAAGGUUACUUGCUUAGCAGGAACAUCUAGUUGUCCUGGACAACUGGACAGGACUUCAUUGAGCCCUAGUAGGGCACUUUAUCCCACAGUUGAACCCUUACUAGCAAUUACCUCUUUUCAACGGCUGUCUCUCUACAAUGGACACCUUUUUCUGUCCUAGUCCAGACACCUUUUAAUCUGUUCAUAAUGGCAGUGGUCUCUGAUAGACCAGUUUUCAAAUUUAUACAGAUCUAUUUAGGUUUAUGGGGAAACUGCCCGCCUACCCCUCCCCUAAGCUAAAAUUUUGCCCUAGAUAAAAAGUGUAAGUAUUAAUGGUAGCUUAAGGGAGGGGUAGGUGGGCAGUUUCCCAGAAACCUAAAUUGAUCUAUUUAUACUUGGCUCUGAGGAAGAGGGGUUUAAAACAAAAGAAAUGGCAUUGAGAUUCAGAGAUAAAUAAUUCAUUUCUUUGUUUUAUUCCCCUCAGCCUCAGAGUAAAGUAUGAAUUUUGAUAAUUUGAAACUGGCCUAUUUGCAUUCCAUUUGCUAGAAUAACCUAAGUAACUUACUAGUUUUUUGUUUUGGUCUCAAACAUAAGGGCUAUAAUCUGAGACAGAAACUUGUGUAACCCCUAACCUAAUUAUCUGUUCUGCCUGGUUGAUUUAAGAAUCCCUGUAUACAUUCUGACUAGAGACCCAUACUGCAUGAAUAUAAAUUCAGGAGUCCCCAUAGUUAAUACGGUCAAACCUCCCAUAAGCUACCCAAAUCACCAUGGAAGCAGGGGAAGCUAGGUUGGUGAGGUUACCUGCUUGUCGAUAUAAUCUCUCAUUUUAAUUUGAUCAUGUUUACAUGAUAUGUGGGGUGACCCUCCACAUGUUACCUCACCUGUCUGGGGUCUCCCACCUCCAUGUAAACAGGCCCUUAGUGGUCAUUACAGGAGGUGGUCACUUUAGAGAAUCAAAUCACCAGGGUUCACUUGCUAGAAGAGGACCGAACAUGUCUACAUUUUGGGAGAGAAUUCACUGCAUGCAAUUUCUAAGUUAUGAUGAUAAGUGUAGUGUGUUGUUGUCACUGAAAUACAUGAAAUUCUCUUAGUAGUAGUGAGUACACAAUAUGCAUAGAGAUCAAACAAUGCACAAAGUAGUUGCAUACAUGAGGAUAAAACAAUGGAAAAUUCUAAGGACAUCAUCCAAAAAAAUGGUAGCAGUCUUUUAGGAGAGUUUGUUGUUUACAAGUGGUUGCAAAUGGGAAAGUUUUUUUUCGUGUUUUGGAUAGUUGGUCACUUAUGGGAGGUGGUCGCACAUGGGUGUUUGACUGUGCAGUUGACUCUCACUAACUCGAACCCUUGCUAACUCAAACCUUGCACUAACUCAAAGCAAAAUCAAUUUCCCCUGGAUUACCUCCAUAUGUUUAAUGUAAUCUUACUAGACUGUUCACAGCCCUCUAUUUUUCUGUAAGAUUGUCGAGAUUGAGCACUUUGUGUUAUGGGCUGCCAUCUUGCAUGAGUGUCAAAACUGCUUAGGGGGCAGGGGCAGUUUGGGAGGAAGUGAGAAAAAAAAGAGGGACUGUAAUAACAUCACUGCAGCUCGUGUUCAGGUCGUAUGACAGGAAUUUCGCCCCUUUUAACAUUCAUUUAUUAAGAAGCUCUGCCUCCGCAUUUAGCAUUGAUUUCAUGUAUUUACAAAUAUUUCUUGUGUUUUCUCAAUUAUUACACUUUGUUUCCUGGGUUAAUAAAAAUCCUCAUACAUGACAUGCCUAGGAUGGACAAUUGUUUUUUAUACAUCUCAUAAUGAGUUCAACCAACACUGCAAAUGUAAUAGAACACGUGUUAAACAGCAAAACCAUCUUUAAUUAUCUAUUUGUAACUAAAUUUCCUAUAACUAAUGUGUCGAACGGAUUCUUUGGCUUCGAGUGUGACAUUCUUCAACGCAACGUCGAACGCAACUGAUAUAAAUGAUUUCGCAAUAAACUAACUUUACUAAAACAUGGACCACUGUUUCAAGUUUCUCACCUUUGAGAUAUUUCCCAGUUCAUUUUUUCUGGCAUGUCCUUGUAUCAAAUAAAAUAAUCGGGAUUUCACAAUAAACUAACCCUAAAAACACAUGGACCACUGUUUAUUAAACCCUGAAUACCUUAAUAUAGAACAAAACCCGGUUAUUUCACAUUAGCACCUUUCUUGUCUUUGACUGGGUUUUGAGAAAUUUGAGCUAUUCCUGAUGUGGUUUGAAUCGAGGGUGUCGAUCCACGUUGACAAAACCAGUUCAAAGUUCUGUCGAUCCACGUUGCUGAUUUGUGUCUGACAAAUCAAGUUCUUUAAUACCAAACAAUUGCAGAACUGCUGAAUAACUUUUUAACUCUAUAGAAAUAUGUAUCUCGCAAUAACCUUCGCGAAACUCGGUUUGGUAACGGCACUCAAGUUAAGCCCUGUCGGUCGGGGUUACGAACUGGACGGGUGACCAACCGCGAAUAUCGUGCUAAAGGUCCAUACGUUGUUCUUUCUUUUCUUCUUCUUCUUUUUUGCGUAUUAUGUAGUGUUAUUGUUAACAGUGUAUUGAAAAGCAGAUUUAGCAUUAUUUCGCCGCCCGCAUUUAGAAAAAGACANUUCUUUCUUUUCUUCUUCUUCUUUUUUGCGUAUUAUGUAGUGUUAUUGUUAACAGUGUAUUGAAAAGCAGAUUUAGCAUUAUUUCGCCGCCCGCAUUUAGAAAAAGACAAAAACAAAGAACAAAUAUGGCCUGGUGCAGUUCGCCUGGAAAUUAUUAUUAUUCGGGCCGUAAUACGGAGCUGAAGCUUUGCAGACUUUGAUCUAUAUAUCUGCGGGGAAACCGGCAAACUAAGAAAUCUGGGUUUUCGACAUUGUAAAAUGAUCAUAAUUCCUUUGAUUCCAAUCUCCUGUUCCUCUGUCUGUUGUUGUCGGCGUUGCCUUCGCUGUGCUCAUUGAUGUUCUUUCUACUCCGCGGUUUCUUGUUGACGUCUUCUCCUUUGUUGUUCACGCUGAAUUUGAAAUCGGCGUUCUUGCUCGAGAGGAGUUUCGGUGGAAAAUCUUCCUGGGCGAGGAUUUGGAGCCACUUGUUGUGCUUGUGUGUGACACAAUUCAGAGAAUGCGACUGGUUGACAACCCAGUUUGCGCGGUUGCUGAGCCAGGCGCACAUGCUGAAAAUUAACCGGGACCACCGUGCGCACCUAGUUUCAUCAAAUCGGGAAAGUUUCACAUCCUAACAGUAAGACGAUACGAUAAUACUUCUUCUUUACGCGGGGGACAUUAGGGUGCCUCCUCGGGUUCCGGCCUCUGGGCCAGAACACUGCGGGGGCAAUUAUGACAGCGUAUGUUUUAUAGAGACAACAACUUGUCAACGACUUGUCAGUGUCGGCAACUCAAACUAAACCUGUUGUCAACACAAAUUAACAUCUAUUGUCUAAUGACCAAUCAAAUGCCUGCGUUGCUGGUAUAAUGCGCUUCCGGAAUGCGAGCUGCAGUGAUGUUAUUACAGUCCCUCUAUUUUUCUCGCCCCCCUCCCCCUAGAGCUAUAAUCCCCGACGCCUGUCCCCUCGAAACAUGGCCGCCCUUAACGGUAAGACAUACUAUAUCUCGGUGAUCUCAUGAAAAAUAGGGGACUGUGAACAGUCUAUAACUUUACCCUCAGUUACAAACCCUCUAUAACUCAAACCUCCUGUCAGUUCACUCAAACUAUUUUUUAUUUCCCUUCAGUUCAUUUCUGUACAAUUUUACCCCCAAUAACUUUUAAGUGCUUGGCAAGUCCCAAAAAAGAAAGCAGUGAACUGCAGUCCAAAACGUUGAAUUUAUUUCAAAACAUCUGUGUAUUCUUCUUUGUCAUUUGUCAAUCCAAUUCAGAUGCAGUGUUAAGCCCUAUACUGAUUAAUCAAGCAUUGUUUCUUUAAUUCCUUUUUCAAAAUAUCAAUAUAUCUCUUUCUGUCUUUGAAGUGAAGUGUACAUGAUACUUGCAUUCCUUCGCCAUCCCAUUUCCUCAUUUCUGGUUACUUGCUUUGAACCCUCGAACUCUAGAAAACUUGAACUUUUUUCAAGUGUCCUUGAAGGUUUGAGUUAUCGGAUGUCAACUGUACUUUAAAACCAAAUGAAACUUGAGUAAACUUGAAAAUGAUAAGAGGCUAUCUAGUAUGUUACAUUCAAAUAUUAUUAGUGGUGGUUUUUUCCUUCAGUCAGGGGCAUGUGAAUUUUUUAACCCUUUCCUCCUGACAUUUUUAUUUUGUUCCACUCUCAGCUGAUGGUCUGUAUAGUACUGUAUCCACCCAACUUGUUAAACGCAGUCAAAAAAUGAUGGAGAAGUAUCGACAACUACUGUUUGAUGAGAGUAUGGUGAGCAUAUUUGUUAAGGCUUAUACAGCAGCAUGCAUAUUUUCUUUGUCUUGUUUUAAACCAUGUGAAAUGGUUCUUAUUGUGCAAGAAUGAUCACGAGGUUUUAUUACUUAACAGUUAAUGAAUGAGGCUUAGUAUCUUAUGAAGAAUUGUGGAGAUCGAGGAGGGUAUUCGGCCGAUAACACCCUCCGAGAUCUCCAUAAUUCUUCAUAUGAUACGAAAGCCAAAUUCAAUAAUUGUUUUAUUAUUCAUUCAAAAUAAUUCUUUGUUUAAAAACAUGUUAAGUUCAUGUUUGAUAGACUCAUAGUUAGCAAUUAAUGAAUGAGGCUUUCGUAGGAUAUGAAGAAUUAUACAGAUCUCGGAGGGUGUUAUCCACCGAGGCCAAAAAACACCCUCCUCAAUGUGCUUAAUUCUCCAUAUCCUACUCAGCCUCAUUCAUUAAUUGCUUUAUUAUUCAUUCAAAGUAAUUCCUAGCUUAAAAACAGCUAAAACAUGCUUAUCUGCAUUGAUGUUAAGUUCAUCUUCGAUAGUGUACAUUUAGGUUUGUCCAGCUCCGCAAAUAUUCUCCAAACAGCAGAUGUCGCCCUCUGAGUUUUCUUCUUGCUGUUUUUGCUAUGUUUUUAGCUAUUAUUUUGCCAAGUUCCAGCUGGAGUGCUUACUGUGAAGUGUCCACCAUUUUUGUUUUCACAACCAAGAGAACUCAACCUCAUCCCCAGGUCUUCUCGGUAACGGUGCCUUAACCUGUAGCAGGCUGCAUUUUUUACGUCAUUUUCUCAUUAAACACAAAAUUCUUCCAAAUUUGGUCAUCAGUAACUGUUUAUGAUGUAUUGUGAGUGUGCUUUUAGCCAGUCAGAAUUGGGGAAAUAUUUUGAAUGAAUAAUAAUGCACGUUUAGGGUUGUUCAGGCCAUCUGAUAGAGUGUGAUAAAAAAUCAGAAAUUGUGCGAUAAGAUAGGACUAUUAUGUGGUAAAUUAUGUGAUUUUUUCAGGGCUAAUUUACAUUGUUUUACCAGGUUUCAAACAAGUGAAAUGUCCGCCAUUUUUGUUUUCACAACCAAAAAAACUCAACCUCGUCCCCAGGUCUUCUUGGUUAAUGGUGCAUUAACCAGCAAGAAAGCUGCUUUUUUGACGUCAUCGGUUGAGUAAUUGCAAAAUUCUUCCAAAUUUAGUCAUCGGUAGCUGGUUAUGGUGAAAUAUGUGUGUGCUUUUAGCCAAUCAGAAUCGGGGAAAUAUUUUGAAUGAAUAAUAAUAAUUUUUAUUGACAAGACAGAGUACAGCCUUACAUGCAUGGUAUUGAAUAGCCUAUCCUUGUACCUCUCACAUGCAUCUUUAGAAAAGGUUUUAUGAACCAUACCGGAUGAAACUAUUCUUCACAAACAAAGCACCUUUUCCAUCAACUUUUGUGCAGGAAAAUCGGAAAAUCUGUGACACUCCACUCCUAAAAAGUUAUUGUUACUUAUUUGUACUGUAUGGUUUAAAGCGGUUGAGUCUGGCCGUACAUUUUAUUGUUUCAUUGUAUUUUGUGGUAUAGCGGGAGCACCCAUCUGCUGAAAUGGUCAUGCUGUACAGAGUGUUUUUGACUAACGAACGUGCUGCAUUAGCUCAAGAAAGGAAAAUUGCAAAAGGUAAAGAAUUAAAUGAGUUUUCUUUCAGGUUCUGUUGGCAACAUGAAACUUGAAGAGGUCUACUAAGUACCUUUGCGAUCCUAACCUAGUCCACUCCUUUCUUUAGUAUAUUUUAUUUACUCAUGCUUAUGCCAUACCAGCUUAUGUUACCCCUAGGUCACAGUGUUGGCUUGUGAGCCACUGACAGCUUUAAUAAUUAUGAAAUUUUCAAGGCAGCAAAUUGUAAAAAAAUAGCCCUCUCUUGGUCAAAGAACUGCUAGGAAACCUAUAUAAAUGCAGUUGUCAGGUGAAUUCCUAGUUGGUGACUCAACAUACACUAGCCCUUGAAUGCGUGAAUGCGAAACUGGAAAUACAUCUGCAUUUGCAGGCUAAAUAUAUACUAGGGCUGUUGCCAAAGGUCGGUACACACUAGGCGACAAGUUGCAGCAACACGUGGCGGCAACAGAUCACUCCAUGUGUACAGGUCAGGCGACUGGUUGCAGCAACAAGGUCAGGUGACACGUCGCAGCAUUAAAUGCCCUCGUGUGUACUGGAGAAUUUUUGUGAAAAUCUUUGUCUCCGCAACAAAAUUUUGUCGCUGCAACAAGUCGCAAAAAAUCAAAUCAGACUGAAUCUGUGCGACUUGUUGCGGCAACAAAAUUCUGUUGCACACAUGAAGCGAUUUGUCGCCGCAAUAUGUCGCUACAACAUGUUGCUGCAACUUGUCGCCUAGUGUGUACCGACCUUAAGAUUUCAAGUUGCCUAAACAAAGGUCAAUCCAAUGAAUUUCUUUCAGUGUAAUUUUCUACUAUGGCUUUUCAAAUUUGUAAGUCCUGCUUGUUCUUAUGGUAUUUACAGUUAAUUAAUGUCAUUUAUUCAGUAAAGGAACUGUGUUGCAAAAUUUGUCAAACAUUGGAAACUGCUUCCAUAUUGAGUGAAACAUGAAAAUAACUGCUUAAAGCAUUUAAAGAAGGUAUAAGUAACAAUGCAAAUACAAAACAACUCAAAGCUGUGAUUUUGUCUGUGACAAGUAAUUUUGUCCACCAACGUUAAGUUCCUUAGUGAAUGUACUGUAAAUCCUCUAUUAAGCCCCCUGGGUGCUUAUUUAUUUCAAGCCCAUUUGAGACGGGGGAAUGGGGCUUAUUUUAGUUUAGAAAAGACGAUGGUAUCAGUUCUCCAUAAAGAACUAGAAUACAAAGUGGAGAACAAAAAGGUUGGAGGUCAUGCAACCGAGGAUCAGAAUCAAAUCUGAACUUCCAGUUGGGAAAUAAACCAUCCCGGAUCAGUCCAUGCGAAGUUUUACAGUCAUGGUUGAUUUAAAAUACAGUCUCUCAUUUAUUAGUGGAGAAUAAUUAGGGGAGGGGGCUUAUUAAGGGCCUGAUUACAUGGAGGUGGGGGUAGGUGAGGUAACAUGUGGCGGGUCACCCCACCUAUCACGUAAACGUGAUCAAAGGAGAGAUUAUAUGGACAGGCGGGUUACCCCACGUAAGCGGGUCACCUCACCUAACUGGGGUCCCCCACCUCCAUGUAAUUAGGCCCUAACUUUCUUCCCCUGAAAGGGUGGGGCUUUUUCGAGGGGGCGGGGGGGAGGACUUCAUAGAGGAUUUACUGUAUUAACAGAGUUAACUACACAGCCGUGACUUAACCCCUAUGAAAUGACAGUCAUCCUUUUAAAGGAUGAUUCUAGGCACCUUUCUAAUUUAAGGUUUAAGGUGUAGAUAAAUACGUCUUGGAACGAUUUUUGAUGAAGCCUUGUGCCAUUUGUUUUUCAGAGAAUCCAAUGGAGAUUGUGAAUGCAGCCAAAAAGGAGAACACACCUAAAGAGACUUCAAAUAGUGUUACAACAAGUGAAAGUAGCAUGAAGGAUUUAUCAUCUUCGGAACAUUCGUCGCCUGUUGUAACGUCAACUACAGAAAAUGAUCUUGUUAGUAGUAUGAAAAAUACUGUUUCAGAGGCUUCGUCAAAAAUAUCUUCUCUUUUAAACAUUAAUUUAUCACCACCAACAAAGAAUUCACAUACAAACUCUGCGACAUCACUCAAGUCUGGUAUAUCCAAAUCAUCAUUGCAACUCAAUUCAAGACAUUCACCACACACUGCUACCUCUACCGAAAACCACAUAUCUAGUUCAUGUACGCAGGAAAUUUCGACAAGCAAUCAAUCAACAGUUACAAAGCUCAUGGAUAAUUCUAAUGAAAACCAUAGUCUUGCUGAGACGGCAGCUGGAGAAAGUCUUAGCGUUUGUGAAGAUACCUCAGGUGAUUUACUAAUGGACACUGAUGAUGAGACAGAGAAAGAAGAUGUCACUGCAACUUUGGCUUUGCUUAAUUCAAUGGCUUCUGAACUUGAUGAGGUUCUGGAUGUGGAGGGGACACUAUAGAAAUGAAUAAAUUAUUUUUCUAUAUCCUGUUAUUAAUACGAACUCGCCGUCUCC